AGGCCACUCCCGCUUCCUCACCCUGGCAACGGGCGAGCGAUUACUUCCGGUGUAAGGAGUGCUCUGCGCUGACGCGGGGUAACUCCUUGUACAGUUGCUGUUGUGUGGAAGGAUGCUCUUUUCCUGAUAGAAGAUGAUAAUCUUGGAGGAUGACCAUGGAGAAGGGGAUGAGUUCUGGAGAAGGAUUGCCUUCCAGAGCACCUCAGGCAUCUACUGCUAAAGUCACAGUCAAGGAAUCAGAAACAAGGCAGCCUUGUGAGGAGAAACGAGGGGGCUUUGUGCUGGUGCAUGCAGGUGCAGGUUAUCAUUCAGAAUCCAAAGCCAAGGAAUAUAAACAUGUAUGCAAACGAGCUUGUCAGAAGGCAAUUGAGAAGCUGCAGGCUGGUGCUCUUGCGACAGAUGCAGUGACAGCAGCUCUGGUGGAGCUUGAGGAUUCUCCGUUUACAAAUGCAGGAAUGGGAUCUAAUCUGAAUCUCUUAGGAGAAAUCGAGUGUGACGCCAGCAUAAUGGAUGGGAAAUCCUUGAAUUUUGGAGCAGUUGGAGCACUGAGUGGAAUCAAGAAUCCAGUCUCAGUUGCAAACAGACUCUUGUGUGAAGGGCAGAAGGGCAAGCUCUCUGCAGGCAGGAUUCCUCCCUGCUUUUUAGUUGGAGAAGGAGCCUACAGAUGGGCAGUGGAUCAUGGGAUACCCUCUUGCCCUCCUAGCAUCAUGACCACAAGACCCCAGACCAUGCUGUGGUAUACCAACAUUCAGGGUGAUUCCUCUCUCCAGUUGAAACUCUCUGGGAGUCCCCUCAGAGGAUUCAGCUUAGCUGCUUUUAAAAGGAACAAGAGGAAAUUAGAACUGGCAGAAAGGGUGGAAACAGACUUCAUCCAGCUAAAGAAAAGAAGACAAUCAAGUACAAAGGAAAAUGACUCAGGCACCUUGGACACAGUGGGUGCUGUGGUAGUCGAUCAUGAAGGGAAUGUUGCUGCUGCUGUCUCCAGUGGAGGCUUGGCCUUGAAACAUCCAGGGAGAGUUGGGCAGGCUGCUCUUUAUGGAUGUGGCUGCUGGGCUGAAAAUACUGGAGCUCAUAACCCCUACUCCACAGCUGUGAGUACCUCAGGAUGUGGAGAGCAUCUUGUGCGCACCAUACUGGCUAGAGAAUGUUCACACGCUUUACAAGCUGAAGAUGCUCACCAAGCUCUGUUGGAGACUAUGCAAAACAAGUUCAUCAGUUCACCCUUCCUUGCCAGUGAGGAUGGCGUGCUUGGUGGAGUGAUCGUUCUCCGGUCGUGCAGAUGUUCUUCAGAGUCUGACUCCUCCCCAAAUAAGCAGACGCUUCUAGUGGAAUUUCUGUGGAGCCACACUACAGAGAGCAUGUGCGUAGGAUAUAUGUCAGCCCAGGAUGGAAAAGCCAAGACUCACAUUUCAAGACUCCCUCCUGGUGCUGUGGCCGGACAGUCGGUUGCCAUCGAAGGUGGAGUGUGCCGCCUGGAGAGCCCAGUGAACUGACUCCGGGCUGAAUGUGAAGUGUCUGAGAGGCAUUUCAAAACCUGAGCUUUGGACUAUUUAAUUGAACUUGGGUGUUUUAUCUUCCUUGUUUUGUAAUUCCUAUUGCAACCUCGGGCACUGCUUGGGACACAAGUGCUGCUAUACUUAGUGCUGGUUGACACUCGGGUCUUUGAUGGGUGAAUGGGAGCAUGUGUGGGUGUGUAUCUGUGUGCAGUUUGUGUGCUUGCUUCUCCCUGAUGGGACAGGAUCUCCCCAAGUGUAACCUAUGACUGAGAAUGAUCAAAUCUUUACAAAAUGUGUGCUUUAACUGUUUACAAGUAAAACCUAAAGUUGUAGAAAACUUUAAUUUCAUAAAAAGGUACCAACUGUGGUUGAUACAAUGUGUCUGAACUGAAGAGUGAAUCUCCUUGUUUAAAUGACUUGACCUUCAUUGUGGUCCAUUUAAUAAGAGUAAUCAAUAAUACAGUGUCAGUUUAAGUGGUUGGUGUGGUAACUUAAACUGUGUUCUCAUCCCUCAUACAGGGCAUUUUUCCUUGAACAAAGAAUGGUUUCAGUGAAACAGUCUAGUGGAGAAUUAAGGUCAGAACCUUUUAAAGUAAUAGUCUUAUUGAUAAAGUUUGUGCUUCUUUCCCGAGCUAUUUGAAGCUUAAGUAUUGCAUAGCUUUGCGCCGUGUGUACUGUAUUAUGAAAGGAUAUGUAAAGAGAAUGUUCAGUAAUGCACAGUCUUAAUUUGUGUAUAAUGGAAUGUUAUUUACAAUGUAACACUGUAAAUAAGAAAGCAAAGUUUAUGGGAAAAUUCAAUAUCUUUGUUUCUUGUUUAAAUAUAUUUUUAAGA